AGCCAUUUUGUCAGUCGCCAGUGGAUCCCGCGCGCUUGAGAAGUGCAGUUCCCCCUGGUUACCGAGUCGUCCGUUCUCCCUUCGUGCUGCGGGCGCCGUCUAAGAGCGCUCGCCAAAGGCGCAGCCGUUCCUCCCUACGGUGCUGCCGCUGCUGUUGCAUCUGCCUGGAGGUGGUGCGCUCUUUUCCUCCUCUGCCACUGACAGGCGCCCUCAGAGCCGCCUUCCGCGAUGUCAAGCGAGGAGAGCUACCGGGCCAUCCUGCGCUACUUGACAAACGAGAGCGAGCCAUACGCCCCGGGCACCGAGGGCAAUGUCAAGCGUAAAAUCCGCAAGGCUGCCGCUUGCUACGUGGUGCGCGGUGGGACUUUGUAUUACCAGCGGCGGCAGCGGCACCGCAAGACCUUCGCGGAGCUGGAGGUGGUGCUGCAGCCGGAGCGGCGCCGGGACCUCAUCGAGGCGGCGCACCUGGGUCCGGGCGGCACUCACCACACCCGGCAUCAGACCUGGCAUGACUUGUCCAAGACGUACUGGUGGCGAGGUAUAUUAAAACAAGUCAAAGAUUAUAUUAAACAGUGUAGCAAAUGCCAGGAGAAAUUGGAUCGCUCCCGUCCAAUAUCAGAUGCUUCAGAAAUGUUGGAAGAAUUGGGUCUAGACCUUGAAUCUGGAGAAGAAAGUAAUGAAUCAGAAGAUGACCUGAGCAACUUUACUUCACCUCCAACUACAGCCUCCAAGCCUUCAAAAAAGAAGCCAGUAUCCAGACAUGAACUUGUAUUUGUUGACACCAAAGGAGUGGUAAGACGUUCUUCUCCAAAACAUUGUCAGGCUGUCUUAAAACAGCUGAAUGAACAGAGACUUUCCAACCAGUUCUGUGAUGUUACUUUGUUAAUUGAAGGAGAAGAGUACAAAGCUCAUAAAUCUGUUUUGUCAGCUAAUAGUGAAUAUUUUCGAGAUCUUUUUAUUGAGAAAGGAGCUGUUUCCAGUCAUGAGGCUGUGGUGGAUCUUUCUGGUUUUUGUAAGGCAAGCUUCCUUCCUUUACUAGAAUUUGCCUAUACUUCUGUGCUAAGUUUUGACUUCUGUAGCAUGGCUGAUGUAGCCAUCUUAGCUCGUCAUCUUUUCAUGUCAGAAGUCUUAGAGAUUUGUGAAAGUGUACAUAAACUCAUGGAAGAAAAGCAGCUAACGGUAUAUAAGAAGGGUGAAGUUCAAACAGUCGCAUCUACCCAGGACUUACCAGUACAUAAUGGAGGUACAGCAUUUCCUGUGGCUAGCAAUGAGGGAACCACAGCAACUGUACCUCCUCAACUUGGGGGUUGUGAAUUUGUACUACUGGUAAAUGGAGAUUUGCCAGCAACUGAGCAGAAUGGAGAGCCAGAACGACAGCCUGAGCCCCAGAUUUCUUCAGAGGCUGAAGCUGCUCUGUCAUCUGCAGGAUGUAUAACUAAUUCCCAUCCUGAAAUGGAGGCUGUUGAUUUAAUAGCAAAAAACAACCAGACAGAACUAGAAACUUCAAACAGCACUGUUUCUAAUGUUCAUCCUAAACUUUCAAAAGAGAAUGUAAUCAGUAGCUCUCCAAAGAACAGUGAUAUGGGAAAUGAUGUAUCAGCUGAGAAUAUCAGUGCUGAAGACAUUUCAAAACAUGGGCAAAGCCUUGGCCAACCUUUAAAAGAUGAGGAAAAUCUAGUUGCACCUACAGCAAAGACAGACGUUGGCCCUGAUGAUGAUUCUUACAGAAGCAGGCUUCGACAGCGUUCUGUUAAUGAAGGAGGAUAUAUCAAACUUCACAAAGGAAUGGAGAAAAAGCUGCAGAAACGGAAAGCCAUUCCCAAGUCAGCAGUUCAGCAGGUGGCCCAGAAGUUAGUUCAAAGAGGAAAAAAGAGGAAACAACCAAAAAGGGACACUAAAGAGAACACUGAAGAAGCGUCCCAUAAAUGUGGGGAAUGUGGAAUGGUUUUCCAGAGACGAUAUGCCCUUAUAAUGCACACACUGAAACAUGAAAGAGCUAGGGAUUAUAAGUGUCCAUUGUGUAAAAAACAGUUUCAGUACAGCGCCUCCUUACGAGCACACCUUAUUCGACAUGCCAGAAAAGAUGCCCCCAGUUCAUCCUCAUCCAAUUCCACAUCUAAUGAGGCGUCAGGAACAUCUUCUGAGAAGGGCAGAACCAAACGAGAAUUUAUAUGUUCCAUAUGCGGAAGGACAUUACCUAAAUUAUAUUCUCUUCGGAUACAUAUGUUAAAGCACACAGGUGUAAAGCCACAUGCAUGCCAGGUCUGUGGAAAGACUUUUAUCUACAAGCAUGGUCUAAAAUUACAUCAGAGUCUCCAUCAAUCACAAAAGCAGUUCCAGUGUGAACUAUGUGUUAAGUCAUUUGUUACUAAACGGAGUCUUCAAGAACAUAUGAGUAUUCACACAGGGGAGUCCAAGUACCAUUGCUCAGUUUGUGGAAAGUCUUUUCACAGGGGCUCUGGACUCAGCAAGCACUUCAAGAAACACCAGCCAAAGCCUGAGGUUCGAGGCUAUCAUUGCACCCAAUGUGAAAAAAGUUUCUUUGAAGCUAGAGAUCUUCGCCAACACAUGAACAAACAUCUCGGUGUGAAACCAUUCCGGUGCCAAUUUUGUGAUAAGUGCUAUAGUUGGAAGAAAGAUUGGUAUUCCCAUGUGAAGUCUCAUUCUGUCACUGAGCCUUAUAGGUGUAAUAUAUGUGGUAAAGAAUUUUAUGAAAAAGCUUUGUUCAGAAGGCAUGUAAAGAAAGCUACCCAUGGGAAAAAAGGAAGAGCAAAGCAAAACCUGGAACGGGUAUGUGAACAAUGUGGAAGAAAGUUCACUCAGCUAAGAGAGUAUAGAAGACACAUGAACAACCAUGAAGGAGUUAAGCCAUUUGAGUGCUUAACAUGUGGAGUAGCUUGGGCUGAUGCCCGAUCUCUAAAACGCCACGUCAGAACACAUACUGGUGAACGGCCCUAUGUCUGUCCUGUAUGUAGCGAAGCCUAUAUAGAUGCUCGAACACUCCGUAAACAUAUGACUAAAUUUCACAGAGACUAUGUGCCUUGCAAAAUUAUGCUGGAAAAAGAUACCCUUCAGUUUCAUAACCAAGGAACUCAAGUGGAGCAUGCGGUUAGCAUCUUAACAGCAGACAUGCAGGAUCAAGGAAGCAGUUGUCCUCAAGAGCUUGAGACUGUGGUAGUGACGGGAGAAACUAUUGAAGCUCUCGAGGCUGUUGCAGCUACUGAAGAGUGCCCGUCGGUAUCUACGCUUUCUGACCAAAGUAUUAUGCAAGUAGUUAAUUAUGUAUUGGCACAACAGCAAGGACAGAAGCUAUCUGAAGUUGCAGAAGCUAUUCAAACUGUUGAAGUAGAAGUGGCACAUAUUUCAGAAGCAGAAUGAAUACAGUAAUGAAGGUUAAGAGAAGUGACAUCUCAUGUACACUGAGCUCACAGAAUAUUUGUUUACAAUACCAUGUGACUGUCCACUGAGCAUUUACAUGUCAAGGCUCUGGACUGGUGAUGUAACAUUUCCAAACCUUUUGUCUGGCCAAUGGGUUCUGUAGAAAAGUCCAUUAACUGUAAAGAAAUUGAAAACAAA